AUGCGUCUCUCUCAAUGCCUGCCUCUGCUCAGCGCAUACGGCGUCUUUGGCAGUCGAAUCUACAACAUCGUCAAUAACUGCCCUCUGAGCAUCAACCUCUUCAUCAAUGGUCAAUCGGAGGGAUCAUUGGCGUCAUACGGCGGGACCACCAGCAGAACAGUCUCUGAUACAUGGAGCGGUUUCAUCUACACCGAUUUCAAUCGAGGCAACCAGGACGGAGCGGGGACCGUGCGUGCAGGGUUCUUUGGAGAUAGUAACUACUACUAUAUCGUCAAAGAUGUGAACUGGCUGAACGUAGGAGUCUCGAUUGCUCCGAUCGACCGAGCGCCUAAAGGUGGCUUGUGCCUCCACGCUACAUGCGAGGUCUUCAAUUGUCCCGAUGCUUUCUCCCAACCCCCAACUGCCUUCCCUCCCCCUCAAUCCGGUGUUCCUCCUCAAACACCCUUAUACGAGUGCCCGCAAGCCGGAACGGGGUACACCGUAACUUUCUGCCCAUCCGGAGAAGUCCCGAAUUAUCAGACGGGGCCAAAUCAUAUUUCGACGUACAGGAGUGUCAACAAAUGCUUAGACGUGCCAUAUCUCGGCAAUGGUGCACCUGUACGAAUUUACGACUGCAGUUCUCCUAAUGGAGGGAUCCAGAGAUGGGCUAUCAAACGCGGUGGACAGCAAAUCAAACUCUCUGGUACCACCUAUUGUCUCGAUGCUGGCUCCAGUCCAGCGAGUGGCAUUGGAGCAAAAAUAUGGACAUGUUACGACAAUCUUCCCGCGCAGCAAUGGACCUACACCCCAGACGACUACAUCCGCUUAACUGGCACAAGCCAAUGUCUCGAUUUGACGGACGGCGAUCUUACGAAUGGACGGCAAGCGCAAACUUGGGAAUGCGCAGGCAAUAAUCAGAAUCAGUUAUGGAGGAUUUGA